AUGGUGGACCUGGAGUUCAGGAUGAAUUAUCUAGAGCAGCUUUGGCUGAAGGAUGAAACUGUGAAAUUUCAACAGCUCAUCCAGGGGAAUCCCGAGGCGUUCCCAGGCCAGCCGAGAGAUGUCGUCCGUCCAGCAUGUCCUGGGUCUUCCCCGCGGCCUCCUCCAGAUGGGACAUGCCCGAACACCUCAUCAGGGAGGCGUCCUGGAGAGGUUCCACAUCAAUAUGUCUACAAGGUGGAUGAAGCUCUUCAAGAUGACCAGCAGCUGUGCAACCAGAACUCAAACCUGGACCAGGAGCAACCAGAGUCUGCUCGUAUUAAAGAGGAAGAGGAGGAACACCUCAGCAGUCAGGAGGAAGAGCAGCUUUGGCUGAAGGAUGAAACUGAUCAGUUUUCAAUACCGGCUGCUCAUGAGGAAGAUUGUCACAGUGAUUCAGAACCAAACAGGGACCAUACACCCUCUUACAGUCCUCCUGCAGACCAAGACUCAGGACCAACAACGUGUGCAGAUACACAGCCAGAAAAGAGCUGUCUAACGGAGACAAAUGAGAACGUAGGAGAGACCUUUCUGUUAGAAAGUCAUUGUAAUGAAAGAGAUGAGAAACAACAUUCCUGCAAGUUCUGUGGGGAACAGUUUAAAACGAAAAGUAAGUUAACUGUUCAUGUAAGAACUCACACAGGAGAGAGACCGUACUCUUGUCAAACCUGUGGGAAAUGUUUCAGUCGCCAGUGUGCUUUGGUGCGCCACAUGAGGAUUCACUCAGGAGAGAAGCCGUAUUCUUGUCAAACCUGUGGGAAAUGUUUCAGUCAAAAUACUCAUUUGGUGAACCACAUGACAACUCACACAGCUAAGAAGCUGUAUUCUUGUCCAACAUGUGGAAAAUGUUUCGGUCGCCAGGGUGCUUUGGUACGCCACAUGACAAUUCACUCAGGAGAGAAGCCAUAUUCUUGUCAAACCUGUGGGAAAUGUUUCAGUCAAAAUACUCAUUUGGUGAACCACAUGACAACUCACACAGCUAAGAAGCUGUAUUCUUGUCCAACAUGUGGAAAAUGUUUCGGUCGCCAGAGUACUUUGGUGAAACACAUGACAACUCAUACAGCUAAGAAGCCGUAUUCUUGUCCAACAUGUGGAAAAUGUUUCGGUCGCCAGGAUACUUUGGUGAAACACAAGAGAAUUCACACAGGUGAGAAGCCGUAUCCUUGUCCAACAUGUGGGAAAUGUUUCAGUUACAAGAGUACUUUGGUGAAACACAUGAGAAUUCACACAGGUGAGAAGCCGUAUUCUUGUCCAACAUGUGGAAAAUGUUUCUUUCGCCAUGAUGCUUUGGUGAAACACAUGAGAAUUCACACAGCUGAGACAGAUAAAUAG